UGACCUCUUUCCAUGCACUUACAUAGUUGCUGGACGUCCAGUGAAUUUUCUUCAUACUUAUAUACUAGCAAUAAAACUUCCAAAACCAACCUCUAUGCACGUUAGUGACUCGCAUUCCCCUUGAAAGAACACCAAGCCGUCGGAGUGGAAAUGGAAAAGCUUUGCCGUAGAGCAGAACGAAGUCGUGAGCGAAGGGACAUGGACGGACAUGUCGCUCUCAGCUCUCUAGACGUUUGACGGGAACGGGCUAAGGUCGCAAGCAAGGACGUACGCAACGGCACCUACCGAAUCGCCGAGACCGGGCAAAGGUUGGGCUUGGGCCCGAGUCCACUCCAUUCAUUCAGAAAUCAGAACCACGCUGCUGCCCAAACGGCCAAAGCCUUGCCAAUGCGCUGCGACGACGCUGCCAUCACCAUCGCAGGACGCGUCCACAUCGCCAUCGCCCGCCUUCCCCGCCGUUGGCUGCCGUGACGACGCAGCACCAGCACCGCCCACGCGCCUGCACCACCUGCCUCCCAAGUCCCAACUCCCAGCCCAGCCGCCCCCCGUCCUUUAUAACCUCCGCCCGCCGCUCGCAGCUCGCUCGCACACUCGGUCCGCCCGUUCCCACCCUCCAGGGUCGCCACCGCUUGCAGUUGCAGCUAGCAGAGCCGACUGAGCUUGACACGCAGUCAGCGAGUCCGACGACGCCAUGGACGCCGUCUCCAGCGCUGGCGUGGCGCCGCAGAGCGCGUUCCUAUCCCACUCCUCCUUCGCCGACGCGGCCAUCGCGCGCGCGCUCCACUCCUCCCUCUCCGAUCACGCCCCGGAGCCGCCCGCCACGGCGGCGGCGGCGGCGAUGCUGAUGCACGGCGCCGUGGCAGGGACGGACUGUCCCCCCGCGGCAGCACCGUCGCCAUCGCAGUCCUCGUCCGCGCGGUGCCGGGUGGGCCCGGCGGCCGGGCGCGCGGGGAAGCGGCGUCGGCCGCGGCCGUCCAAGCGCGCGCCCACCACGUACAUCAGCGCCGACGCCGCCACCUUCCGCGCCAUGGUGCAGCGCGUCACCGGCGCCGACGAGGACGACCUGCAGCCGCAGCAGCAGGACAGGGACAGCCUCGGCCUCCUCCUGCCGCACCUCGGCGUCGAGCAGUUCCUACAGGCGGCGGGACCCGCGUCGCCCGUCGCUGCUGCUGCUGCUGCACCGUACGCGACGGCCUCGCCCGCCGCGGCGGCGUAUCAGCACCAGCAGCCGCUGUUCCCGACGCUGGACUCGUGGAACGUCAUGUACGGGAAGAAGGAUGAGGUGGUCUCAGUCCUGACUGCUGGCCAAUGAAAACGUCAUAUGCACCUGAUGGAUCCCUUCUCCCUGUUCGCGCAGAAGAAGCACAUCACAUAUUACAUUUGGGGUGAUCUUGAUUGGUCUAGGUAUGGAGGUAGCAGAGUUGUGUUAAUCACAGAACCAGGGACAGGCAGUCACGUUUUGUACUGAUUUGCGAUGGCAGUACCUGUAGUUGCAGCUUGCAGCUGCAUGCCUUGAACCUGCAGUCUGCCGUUUCCUUUGGAUUAAAGCUGUUUCAAUAGGUGCAUUUGUAAUACAUAAAGAUAAAAUAUUAUAGAAUUAGUAAAAGUUGAUAUAAAUUAAAUAUUAUAGAAUUUCA